ACCGCACACAAACACAGUAUCCUCUCCCUCUCUCAUCCAUUCCGGUGACCGAAGAUCAGAGCUCCGGCGUCUCGCAUUCCGAUAAGCACACUCAACCAUCUCUCUUUUCACACCCAGACACCCGUAAUAUCUCUCUCUCUCUCUUUCACUCUCUCGAUUUCACGACAAGAAAAGGAGCCGGUCACAGUUUCCGGUGGCGGUUCGUUACCGACAACCACCAGACACACCCCUCAUCUCCCUGAAUCAGCUCCGACAACAGGGGAAGCUCCGGCCGGUGACGGUUGGUUUACCGGCGACUGUAUGGUUUACCGACGGGCACACCCCCACCCUCGUAGAUCAGAAGCACCGGCAGAGGUGGUGGUGAGUGACGGCUGGCCCAAGAUAUCAAUGAGAGAGAAAGAUGGCGGAGGAGAUAUGCGGCGGCAGCAGCACCGUGAGCGACGGCCGGCGACAGCGAUGGCAGCGGUUAUAGAGGUCACAUUUCGGCUUGGGUUUCGGCUCAUUCGGGUUCAGUCAAACGUAGUCAAAAUCGGUCGACAGUGGUUAGCUUUGGUUCAGGUUACAAGGAGCAAGGGUCAGUUACGGGUGAUUCGGGUUUUGUUGCGGUGCGGAUUAUGUUAUGGUUCGGGUCAACGGUCAAGAUUAGUCAACUGGUUAAUGGGUUCGGGUCAGCCAACAUCUUCGGCUCGGCUACGGUUUGGUCAGACGACUCGGUUCAGUUAACUCGGUCAAAGCGAGUCAACUCGGUCAUACCUGGUCAACUUAGCGAGUCGACUCGGUCAACUCAGACGGUCAAACUCGGUCAACUAAGGUCAAACUCAGUCAACACGAGACGCCGUAAAGUUUUAAUGAUGCGAGUUUCAGUUUAGAUUUUGUUUAGUUAACGCGCACCGAGCUUGAACCGAUUCGUUUAUAAUUUAGUUUGCAUUUAGUAUACUCGACGAGAAUUUUAUAUAGAUUGAUUAUAUUAUUGAGAUGUCGUUGAAAAUUGUUGAAGUUGGAUA